GUUCAUCGUCGACGAUGCGCCGACACUCGCCAUCAACCGUUUGUUCACCAUGUCACAAGGCAACACUGCAACACGGGAUUGGCUCACAGAGUGGCAGAAGAUUGCGGCAGUGCCCAAUCAGGAUCUGCCUUUCACUCAUCUCAGACGUGAGUUCUACAACAGGUCCUGUGCUGCAUUGAGCCAGGCCCUUGGUGAUCGCGAGCAGUACUCCACUUUCGCCGAGAUUAUCGACAAGGCGAGAGAGAUCAUCAACACCAACAGGUCAGCUGCACACGAGAAAUCAACAUGGCAGCCGACCUAUGUGGAGAAGGUACGACCUGGUCCGCGACAGCAGCACUUCGCUGCAGUCCAKCAGGACAGUGGAGAUAACCCAGUAGCCACUCCAGCAUCAGGUGACGGAGAUCAGGUGGCUGUUGUCCAGCCGCGAAGCAACAACAAGUCCCGCAACAAUGGGAAGGCGAAACCAGCAUCGCAGGCCGGAAAUGACCAUUUGCCAUGGGUCAAGUUCGGCUUGACCGAGGCGGAGUACAAGGCGACUCCACCUUCUACUCCGCCAGAUUCGUCCGCCUUGCUAGCGGCCUCCUGCACAUCUGGGGAGAACGAGAAUUUCGCAGGUUCUCGUUACACUUACGAGGACUAUGCUGUCCACUUGGUUCCACCGCUGGACCAACCGCUCCAUGUGCAACAAUCCGCCGCAUGCACGGUUUCAUCACCAUCGGCAACCGAUUCGGCAGCUUCGCCGCAAUCUAUCGUCAGGGAUUCGACGUCAUGGUCAAGAUUUGAAGAGCUCGACCCAUUGACGUUCACGGACUUCCAGUGGAUGCCCGUUCCCUCGACCGGACGAUUGCCGAAACCGCAUUGCGACGUGCUCAUGGCACAAUUGCGGGAUUACUUGCACACUACAGUACCAGCUCCGUUGAUGGACGCCAGAGCAGAGGUUGUCGACCUUCACGCUUACAUCGCGAAGAUCGACCGCGAGUUCAAGACGCAACGGUACGACGACAUCGACGCACCAUUGCUAUACGUACGCAUUCAGAUUGGAGAGGCGACCUGCACUGCCUUGAUCGAUUGCGGAGCAUCUCGCAACUACAUCAGCCAGGACUUCAUGGUGCGCGCCGGCCUUGGCCCACUCGUCCGGAGGAAGCCCCAACCUACACAAGUCACAUUGGCGGACGGUCACACGCACAAGUCAAUCGACCGAUGCAUUGACAACGUCCCAGUGUACUUUGCCCCUCACGCAAGUGAGGCGGUGUCCUUUGACAUUCUGGACACCAAAUUCGACAUGAUCUUGGGCAUGUCAUGGCUGCGAAAUGAAGAUCACCUGGUGAACUUCUUCCACCGCACCGUUCACAUUCGUGAUCGGAACGGAGUACUAGUUCCAUGCACAGUGCCUCUUCCUCAUCCUUCGAUCAGCUGCCACGUGGUAUCCGCCGCAAGCAUGCGAGCUUCCAUCAUCAGAGACGACAUCGAGGAGAUGGGGGUGUGUUUUCUCCACGCCCUCCCGCCCCAUGACGCUUCAUCGACGGACUCACCUUCGGAUCCACGCAUCACCGAGCUUUUCGACGCCUACAACGACAUGUUCGAAAACCCGCACGGAGUAGUACCGGAUCGACCCAUCCGCCAAGAGAUCAUCCUCGAGGACGGGGCUGUACCUCCGGGCGGUUGCAUCUACCGAAUGAGCGAGGAAGAGUUAAGUGUGCUUUGGGCACAACUCGACGACCUCCUGGAGAAAGGCUGGAUUCGGCCUAGCUCAUCGCCAUACGGUGCUCCUGUUCUCUUCGUCCGGAAGAAGAACAAGGACCUGCGGUUGUGCAUCGAUUAUUGCAAGCUCAACGCGCAGACGAUCAGGAACGCCGACCCUCUCCCACGCAUCGACGACCUUCUCGAGUGAUUGGGCGGCGCCCAGCUCUUCUCUAAGCUGGAUCUCAAGUCAGGGUACCACCAACUCGAGAUUCGCAAGGAGGAUCGCUACAAGACCGCGUUCAAGACACGG